AUGGAUCCGCCGGCGGGAGCCGCUCGCCGCCUACUCUGCCCCGUGCUGCUGCUGCUGCUGCUGCCGCCGCUCCUGCUGCCGCCGCCGCCCGCGAACGCCCUGCUCGGCGCAGCCGCCGACCCCCCGGGCGGGGCCCCGGGGCACGGAGCUGGGCGCAUCCUGGCGGUGCCGGUGCGCACUGACGCCCAGGGCCGCCUGGUGUCCCACGUGGUGUCGGCGGCGACUGCUGGGGCGGGGGUCCGAGCCCGAAGGGCCGCCCCGGUCCGGACCCCGGGCUUACCCGGAGGCAGCGAGGAGGACCCUGGCGGCCGCCUUUUCUACAAUGUCACAGUCUUCGGCCGAGACCUGCACCUGCGGCUGCGGCCCAACGUCCGCCUCGUGGCGCCCGGGGCCACUGUGGAGUGGCAGGGUGAGACGGGCGCCACCCGCGUGGAGCCCCUGCUUGGGACCUGCCUUUACGUCGGUGACGUGGCCGGCCUAGCUGAAGCCUCCUCCGUAGCGCUCAGCAACUGCGAUGGGCUGGCUGGUCUGAUCCGGAUGGAGGAGGAGGAGUUCUUCAUCGAGCCCCUGGAACAGGGGCUGGCAGCACAGGAGGCAGAGCAGGGCCGUGUGCAUGUGGUGUAUCGCCGGCCGCCCACCCCUAGACCCCCUCCUCUUGAGGGGCCACAGGCCCUGGACACAGGGGCCUCCCCGGACAGCCUGGACAGCCUCAGCCGAGCCCUGGGCAUUCUGGAGGAGCGCGUCAACAGCUCACGGCGGAGGACACGCCGACACACUGCAGACGACGACUACAACAUCGAGGUCCUGCUGGGCGUGGACGACUCUGUAGUCCAGUUCCACGGGAAGGAGCAUGUGCAGAAGUACCUGCUCACGCUCAUGAACAUCGUCAAUGAAAUCUAUCAUGACGAGUCCUUGGGGGCCCACAUCAAUGUUGUCCUGGUGCGGAUCAUCCUGCUGAGCUACGGGAAGUCCAUGAGCCUCAUCGAGAUUGGGAACCCUUCUCAGAGCCUGGAGAACGUCUGCCGCUGGGCCUACCUCCAGCAGAAGCCAGACACGGGCCACGACGAGUACCACGACCACGCCAUCUUCCUCACACGGCAGGACUUUGGGCCUUCAGGCAUGCAAGGCUACGCUCCAGUCACCGGGAUGUGCCACCCCGUCCGCAGCUGCACCCUGAACCACGAGGACGGCUUCUCCUCAGCGUUUGUUGUGGCCCACGAGACUGGCCAUGUGCUGGGCAUGGAGCAUGACGGGCAGGGCAACCGCUGCGGCGAUGAGGUGCGUCUGGGCAGCAUCAUGGCGCCGCUGGUGCAGGCUGCCUUCCACCGCUUCCACUGGUCCCGCUGCAGCCAGCAGGAGCUGAGCCGCUACCUGCACUCCUACGACUGCCUGCGGGACGACCCCUUCGCCCACGACUGGCCAGUGCUUCCCCAGCUCCCGGGGCUGCACUACUCCAUGAACGAGCAGUGUCGUUUCGACUUCGGCCUGGGGUACAUGAUGUGCACCGCGUUCCGGACCUUCGACCCCUGCAAGCAGCUGUGGUGCAGUCACCCUGACAAUCCCUACUUCUGCAAGACCAAAAAGGGCCCCCCUCUGGAUGGGACUAUGUGUGCACCUGGCAAGCAUUGCUUUAAAGGACACUGCAUCUGGCUGACGCCUGACAUCCUCAAACGGGAUGGCAACUGGGGUGCCUGGAGUCCAUUUGGGUCCUGCUCACGCACCUGUGGCACAGGCGUGAAGUUCAGGACCCGCCAGUGUGACAACCCACACCCAGCCAACGGGGGCCGCACCUGCUCCGGCCUUGCCUACGACUUUCAGCUCUGCAGUCCCCAGGACUGCCCCGACCCCCUGGCUGACUUCCGGGAGGAGCAGUGCCGGCAGUGGGACCUGUACUUCGAGCAUGGUGACACCCAGCACCAUUGGCUGCCCCACGAGCAUCGGGAUGCCAAGGAGAGAUGCCGCCUCUACUGCGAGUCCAAGGAGACUGGGGAGGUGGUGUCCAUGAAGCGCAUGGUUCACGAUGGGACGCGCUGCUCCUACAAGGACGCCUUCAGCCUCUGCGUGCGUGGGGACUGCAGGAAGGUAGGCUGUGAUGGAGUGAUCGGCUCCAGCAAGCAGGAGGACAAGUGUGGCGUGUGUGGAGGGGACAACACCCACUGCAAAGUGGUCAAGGGCACGUUCACGCGCUCACCCAAGAAGCACGGUUACAUCAAGAUGUUUGAGAUCCCUGCGGGAGCCAGACACCUGCUCAUCCAGGAGGCAGACACCACCAGUCACCAUCUAGCCGUCAAGAACCUGGAGACAGGCAAGUUCAUCUUAAAUGAAGAGAAUGACGUGGAUCCCAAUCCCAAAUCCUUCAUUGCCAUGGGUGUGGAGUGGGAGUACAGGGAUGAGGACGGCCGGGAGACGCUGCAGACCAUGGGCCCCCUCCAUGGCCCCAUCACCGUCCUGGUUAUCCCAGAGGGUGAUGCCCGGAUCUCGCUGACAUACAAAUACAUGAUUCACGAGGACUCACUCAAUGUGGAUGACAACAAUGUCCUUGAAGAUGACUCUGUGGUCUAUGAGUGGGCCCUGAAGAAGUGGUCUCCCUGCUCCAAGCCCUGCGGCGGAGGAUCCCAGUUCACCAAGUACGGCUGCCGCCGGAGGCUGGACCACAAGAUGGUGCACCGUGGCUUCUGCGAUGCCCUCACAAAACCCAAAGCCAUCCGCCGACCUUGCAACCCACAGGAGUGCUCCCAGCCUGUGUGGGUCACGGGCGAGUGGGAGCCAUGCAGUCAGAGCUGCGGGCGGAUGGGCAUGCAGGCACGCUCUGUGCGCUGCAUUCAGCCACUGCACAACAACACCACCCGCUCCGUGCACACCAAACACUGCAACGACGCCCGGCCCGAGAGCCGCCGUGCCUGCAACCGCGAGCUCUGCCCUGGCCGGUGGCGGGCUGGGUCCUGGUCCCAGUGCUCGGUAACCUGUGGAAAUGGUACCCAGGAGCGGCCGGUGCUCUGCCGCACCGUGGAUGACAGUUUUGGCAUCUGCCAGGAGGCGCGACCUGAGACAGCGAGGAUCUGCAGGCUGGGCCCCUGUCCCCGAAACGUCUCUGAUCCCUCCAAGAAGAGCUACGUCGUUCAGUGGCUGUCCCGCCCAGACCCCGACGCGCCCAUCCAGAAAAUCUCGUCAAAGGACCACUGCCAAGGCGACAAGUCCAUAUUCUGUAGGAUGGAAGUCUUGUCUCGCUACUGCUCCAUCCCAAGCUACAACAAGCUGUGCUGCAAGUCCUGUAACCUGCACGACAACCUCACCAAUGCAGAUGACAGGGUAGAGCCACCACCUGGGAAGCACAAUGACAUUGAAGUGUUCAUGCCUACCCUCCCAGUGCCCACUUUAGUCAUGGAGGUGCAACCUUCACCUGGUACCACCCUGGAGGUCUCUCUCAAUGCUUCCAGCACCAAUGCCACUGAGGAUCACCCAGAAACCAAUGCUGUGGAUGUACCCUACAAAAUCCAUGGCCUGGAUGAUGAAGUCCAGCCUCCCAACCUAAUCCCUCGACGACCGAGCCCAUAUGAAAAGACCAGAAACCAAAGAAUCCAAGAGCUCAUUGACGAGAUGAGGAAGAAAGAGAUGCUUGGGAAGUUAUAAUAAAAUGGAAAGAUAGCAUCAAUAGCAUUUUUUUUUUCUUGCUUAUAGAGAUAUUCCAUGGGAUAGCAAAUCCUGUGUCAUGGAGAUGAAGUCAAAACUCCUGAUUCCAAAAUGUUUUGAGAAAACAAA